UACACACUAAUUGUCAUUUCAACUCUUAUUUUGUAAUGUUAUUCAGGUUAAGGUUGGGACUUGGGAAUCGUUUAAUUUUUGAUCUCAAAUUGUAAAUAAGUGAAUAAUAUAAAAGGUUUGCUGCUGUAGUGACUUUGUGUACCAAACCUCAGCGACCAGUGUUAUAUUCAUCUCAUAAAAUGUCUGACGCAAUCGACGAAUACUUCGACGCUGCUCUGGAAAUGGUAAAAAACGCCGGAAACCUUAUAACGGAGUACAGUAACGGCUGUAAGGAGUAUAAAUUAAAGUCUUCCGAUAUUGAUUUAGUUACAGAAAUAGAUAAAAAAGUAGAGGAGACUUUAAUUGGUGGGCUUUCGGAGAGGUUUCCUUCACACAAGUUCAUCGGCGAAGAAUCGGUAGCUGAUGGUGCUAAAUGUGUUCUGACGGAUGAACCGACCUGGAUUAUCGACCCUGUUGACGGAACACUAAACUUUAUUCACGGCUAUCCAAGCAGUUGCAUAUCUCUCGGAUUAACAAUCAAUAAAAAAGCUGUUGUAGGUAUUAUAUUUAAUCCUAUUGUUAAUCAACUGUUUACGGCUAAACAAGGCCAGGGUGCGUUUCUAAACGGGCAGCCCAUACAUGUUUCACAAGUCAAAGACAUGCGUAACGCCCUUAUAUCAUUUGAAGUUGGUACUAGCAGGGAUGAGGAAAAGAAAACAGCGGUUUUGGAAAAUUUCAAGAUGAUUGUCGAGAAAGCUCAGGGGAUAAGAACAGUUGGUUCUGCUGCAUUGAACAUGGCUAUGGUUGCUUUGGGGGGUGCUGAUGCAUACUUUGAGUUUGGAAUCCACGCUUGGGAUAUUGCUGCAGGGGAUAUUAUUGUGAGGGAAGCAGGGGGGGUGUGCAUUGAUCCAGCUGGUGGGCCUUUUGACAUUCUUUCUCGGCGUGUAUUAUGUGCUAGCAGUAUUGAGCUGGCUCAAGAGAUGUCUACAGUGCUUCAUCAAUAUUACCCAGACAGAGAUUGAAUUGCAAUUAAAUAUGGGAUCAAUCAUAGACUACAGAAAAAAAUUUCAUUAAACAUUGGAAUAUGUUUCUCUGUAACACUUAAAUGAUGAAAAAUUUAAUACAUUUUGGUGUCUUAAUGAUGAUCAUUGAAUAUAGAUAUGUAUGAAUGUGACAAUGUCUACAAAAGUUGAUUGAAUUUCAACUAUAUUUUGUUGUUUUUGGAGCCAAUUAGUGUACAAGAUUAAUUGGUCCUAAAUAUUUGUGCAAGAUUACCUACUCCCUUGGCUGAGAUCCAUAAAAUGUAAUAAAGUUUUGUAUAGACAAAGCUAUUUGGUUUUAACACUAAGUAAAGUAAGUACACAGAUCUCAUCCAAACUCUUGCACAAUAUUUAAGAUGUGCAAAUAACUAGACAUCUCUUUUUUAUGACUGUUGGUUGAACUCUGUUGUCCUUCUUUAAAUGUUAAUAGAAAAAUUGUUAUGUAAAAUCUGACAUAAUCUCUUACGUACUUAAUAAUAUUAGUUACCAGUGAUGUGAGUUAUUUAAAUAAGUAAUAAGUUGUUAUUACAUUAUGUAAUAUUAUUAUGAUCUAUAUAUGUUGUGAUUUUAAAUCACUUCUGAUCUGAUGUUUUAGUUUAUUUAA